AUGGCAAAGAUUUUCUGUUUGGCUGAUGUAUGUAUGGUUCCUAUUGGGACCAACAGUGCUAGUGUUUCUGACUUCGUAGCUUUGAUCGAAGCUAAAAUUCGUGCAAGCCCCCUAAAGAGUACAUUACACAGUGCUGGUACCACCAUCGAAGGCCCAUGGGAUGAAGUGAUGGGUUUGAUUGGUGAAGUACAUGAGUAUGCACAUUCAAAGGGCAUUGUAAGAAUUCAAACCGACAUCAGAGUUGGAACUAGAACUGAUAAGCAUCAAACUGCUCAGGACAAAGUUGAUAAAGUCUUGAAGAAAUUAGAAGAGCAGAAAUAA